UCUCAUUUUUACCCUCAACUCUCUUCUUUUGUAUUUGACCGAGCUUCAUCACCCACCAUGUCCAUCAAUGGUGAUGCGAUGGAAGACCAAAUCGAGGACGAUGAUGGCGAUGGCUGCUGCGACUAGAUUAACGACAACCGAACCUCACCCCUCUGGCAACAACCGUCGGCGACACCAUGGAUGUGUAUUCUCAAAUCAUAUUUCAGUUUUCUUUUUUUCUUUCGAUCUGUCAGAUCUUCAGCCUUCCACCUCCAGCUCCUCUUCCAUGGCUCCAUUGUUAUUGCUUGUGCUUUGCAUGGUUGUGAAAUUUCAAGUGAUCAGAGGGCAGAGUGGUAAUAAUGGGUUUAACAGUAGAAGAGAAAUGGUGCCUGCCAUGUUCAUCUUUGGUGACUCUCUCAUCGAUAAUGGCAACAACAACAACCUUCCUUCGUUUGCCAAGGCCAACUAUUUCCCAUAUGGCAUCGACUUCAAUGGAGGCCCUGCUGGUCGUUUCUCUAAUGGCUACACUAUGGUUGAUCAAAUAGCUGAACUGCUUGGACUUCCCUUAAUUCCACCGCACUCUCAAGCAUCAGGAGGUGGAGUGCUUCAUGGAGUUAACUAUGCUUCAGCAGCUGCUGGAAUCCUUGACAUCACCGGAAGAAACUUCGUGGGGCGCAUACCGUUCAAUGAACAGAUAAGGAACUUCGAGAACACAUUGAAUCAAAUAACUGCAAAUCUUGGGGCAGACGAAGCAGCAACGAGUAUUGAAAAAUGCAUUUUCUUUAUUGGAAUGGGAAGCAAUGACUACCUAAAUAACUACCUCAUGCCUAACUAUCCCACUCGCAAUCAAUACAAGGCUCAACAGUACGCUGAUCUCUUGGCUUAAACCUACCAUCAGCAGCUCACGAGACUUUAUAAUCUUGGGGCGAGGAAAUUUGUGGUUGCUGGGCUUGGCUUAAUGGGAUGUAUUCCAAGCAUUUUGGCUCAGAGUGUGAGUGGAAGCUGCUCAGAAGAAGUGAACUUGCUGGUUCAACCUUUUAAUGCAAAUGUGAAGGCCACUUUGAGCAAUUUGAAUGCCAAUCUUUGUGGAGCCAACUUCAUAUUCGUGGACGCAGCCGCCAUGUUCCGAGAUAUUCUUCUCAAUGCCAGAUCUUAUGGGUUUAGUGUGGCGAACAGAGGGUGCUGUGGCAUAGGGAGGAACAGAGGGCAGAUCACAUGCCUCCCAUUCCAGACGCCAUGCCUCAAUGGAAGAGAGUAUGUGUUUUGGGAUGCAUUCCCCCCAACAGAAGCAGUCAACAUUCUCAUGGCAACAAUGGCUUUCAAUGGUGACUCUUCUCUUGUCUAUCCUCUCAACAUCAACCAGCUUGCUCAACUCUAG